UUUAUUAAUUUUUUACUUCCGUAAACAUGCAGAAUGACAACAAACGAAGAUAACAAUAUCCAGAAAGAAAUUUCUACACCUCAGUCAACAGAGCUGUACAUUAAGAUUGCAGACACACAAUGGCCUAUAAUAUAUACACCUGAAUACAACAUUGGAUUUCUUGGUUUAGAAAAACUUCAUCCAUUUGAUGCUGGGAAAUGGGGAAAGGUUUAUGAAUUCCUAAAAGAGGCUAAGUUGAUUCAAGAGAAGACCAUAGUAAAGCCAAAAGAAGCUACGCAAACAGAUUUAUUGGUUGUCCAUACUGCACAAUACCUGAAAGAUCUGAAACUAUCAGAUUUCGUGGAGGGGAUUGAUGAGUGGAGUUUAAAUGUGGCCCAGAUAACAGAGGUGCCACCUGUGGCUUUGUUACCUAAUUUCAUCGUACAACGAAAAGUCUUACGACCUUUCAGAUAUCACACAGGAGGCACUAUAUUGGCUGGCAAAUUAGCAAUGGAAAGAGGAUGGGCCAUCAAUAUAGGUGGAGGAUUUCAUCAUUGCCAUGCUGAGAAAGGUGGAGGGUUUUGUGCAUAUGCAGACAUCACAUUAUCAUUAAAGUUCCUAUUUGAGCGUGUUGAGGGUGUAGCUAAAGCUAUGAUUAUUGACUUAGAUGCACAUCAGGGAAAUGGCCAUGAGCGUGACUUUAUGGAUGAUGAGAAAGUAUACAUAAUGGAUGUUUACAACAGAGGAAUAUAUCCCCAGGAUGGAUUUGCAAAAAGAGCCAUCAAAAGAAAAGUAGAACUUCAACAUUAUACAGAAGACAGUGACUACUUAGAACUUGUUGAAAGACAUUUAGAAGGAGCUUUGAAUGAGUUUAGCCCAGAUGUUGUUGUUUAUAAUGCUGGUACUGACAUACUGGAAGGUGAUCCACUUGGUAACUUAUCUAUAACCGCUCAGGGAAUAAUAGACAGAGAUCACCUAGUGUUCAGUAAGGUCAGAUCGAGGUGUAUACCUAUUUUGAUGGUAACCAGUGGAGGAUACCAGAAGACAACAGCUAGAAUAAUUGCUGACUCCAUCCUUAAUUUGCAUAAGGAAAAGUGGAUCAAAUGUGAUGGCGCUGAAGCAUUCCAGAAAUCCAACUUAAAACAACCAGAUAAAAUUUCCAGUCUCCCCAGGAGUCGAAGUGAAGGAUUACUGUCACGGUUACGUAGAACAAUAAUUAGGUCACAGUCCUCACAGGAAGUACAUGAUGUGCACUCAUCCGAAUCGUCUUCUUUAACAUCUGGUCCUGAUGAUUUAGGAGGUUCCAGUUCAUCACUCGACAACAGUGAUUCUUCAUCGUCAAGCGGCAAUGAUAGUGAUAUAGACAGUGAACCUGCACCGGGAAAUAAGAUUGUUCAUAAAUGUAAACCUGCACCUGAAAAUAAUUCCAUUAAUUAAUGAAGACAAUACUAGGAAUGAUAAAUUUAUGUAUAUUUUCAAUGUGAACUAUUUCAUGAUUUUAGAAUUUGGGACUAGUCUAGGAAAUCCUUUGGCUUUUUAUGAUCUUAUAAUUUUCAGUUCAGGUCUAUCUUCUUGGUAACCAUGUGGAAUAAAAAUUUCUGUCUCCUUUUAGUUCUCAUUUGUUUCCAAUAGUAUUCAUCGGUGGGCUGGACCCUAAAGUUGAUUCAGUUUCCUCUUAUUCCUGUGAAUAUGAGCUGUGUCUCACUGCCGUAGAGGUUUGAGAUUCACUCCUAUCAUUUGAUAACACAUGACUAACACAAUUAACUAAUAUAUGUAGCAAUUUGUUUUCUUAUUUUUCUGAAGGUUAGUCACUCUGAUCUGAUGAAUAUCUUGAAAGUGACAUUAACAAUUUCAACAAACUUAUUUUAUUUAAAACAUGACAAGAAGGAUAAUUUAGUGCAUUUCUUCCUAAAUAAUCUAUGUUGGUCCCUUUAUCCAAAUUGAAGUUGUUUGUAAAUUUAUUUUAGAAAAUUCAGAUUGAAUAUGAUUUAAAACUGUGAGAUUCAAGAAAAUCAACCUUUUAUGAACAAAUGUUUUAGAAAAGAUGAAUAUUUUUGUUUUGAAAUGUACUAAGUUACCAUUUAGAAAAAUAUUAUACAGGGUAGUUCACUUUAUGGAACAUUUUAGUUAUAUCUAAGAAUUUAUUGAAAAACAUGAAAAUAAAUUUAAUUGAAACUAACAGAUUGGAGAAAAAAAUAUAAAUGGUGCUGCUGAAAUUAAUCACCCAAUUAAGAUGACUUAUCUAGGGACAUUUCCAGGGAUUUACCAGUAUUAUAUAUGAAUAAGAAUAAUCAAAAGUUGUAUUUAAAUUGCUGCCACCAUUGUGGUGAUAAGCAGAUGACCGCAAUAAAAUCACUCACAUCUUUUUUAACAUAUUGGAAUUCUUUGUUUUAUAUAAUUUGCCUUUGAACCCUUUUAUCUAAUGCCCAUGGUGUUCAAAAAAAAAUUUCUUUAGAUGCUUCUCUUAGUCUCUUUGGUCUUUUUAUACGACCGCAAAUUUUGAAAAAAUUGUCGUCGUAUAUUGCUAUCACGUUGGCGUCGUCGUCGUUGUCGUCGUCGUCGUCGUCCGAAUACUUUUAGUUUUCGCACUCUAACUUUAGUAAAAGUGAAUAGAAAUCUAUGAAAGUUUAACACAAGGUUUAUGACCAUAAAAGGAAGGCUGGUAUUGAUUUUGGGAGUUUUGGUCCCAACAUUUUAGGAAUUAGGGGCCAAAAAGGGCCCAAAUAAGCAUUUUCUUGGUUUUCGCACUAUAACUUUAGUUUAAGUUAAUAGAAAUCUAUGAAAUUUUGACACAAGGUUUAUGACCAUAAAAGGAAGGCUGAUAUUGAUUUUGGGAGUUUUGGUCCCAACAUUUUAGGAAUUAGGGGCCAAAAAGGGCCCAAAUAAGCAUUUUCUUGGUUUUCGCACUAUAACUUUAGUUUAAGUUAAUAGAAAUCUAUGAAAUUUUGACACAAGGUUUAUGACCACAAAAGAAAGGUUGGGAUUGAUUUUGGGAGUUUUGGUUUCAACAGUUUAGGAAUUAGGGGCCAAAAAAGGGCCCAAAUAAGCAUUAUUCUUGGUUUUCGCACAAUAACUUUAGUUAAAGUAAAUAGAAAUCAAUGAAAUUUAAACACAAUGUUUAUGACUAUAAAAGGAAGGUUGGUAUUGAUUUUGGGAGUUUUGGUCCCAACAGUUAAGGAAAAAGGGGCCCAAAGGGUCCAAAAUUAAACUUUGUUUGAUUUCAUCAAAAUUGAAUAAUUGGGGUUCUUUAAUAUGCCGAAUCUAACUGUGUAUGUAGAUUCUUAAUUUUUGGUCCCGUUUUCAAAUUGGUCUACAUUAAGGUCCAAAGGGUCCCAAAUUAAACUUAGUUUGAUUUUAACAAAAAUUGAAACCUUGGGGUUCUUUGAUAUGCUGAAUCUAAACAUGUACUUAGAUUUUUGAUUAUUGGCCCAGUUUUCAAGUUGGCCCAAAUCGAGGUCCAAAAUUAAACAUUGUUUGAUUUCAUCAAAAAUUGAAUAAUUGGGGUUCUUUGAUAUGCCAAAUAUAACUGUGUAUGUAGAUUCUUUAUUUUUGGUCCAGUUUUAAAAUUGGUCUAAAUUAAAGUGCAAAGGGUCCAAAAUUAAACUAAGUUUGAUUUUAACAAAAAUUAAAUUCUUGGGCCUCUUUGAUAUGCUGAAUCUAAACAUGUACUUAGAUUUUUGAUAAUGGGCCCAGUUUUCAAGUUGGUCCAAAUCAGGAUCUAAAAUUAUUAUAUUAAGUAUUGUGCAAUAGCAAGUCUUUUCAAUUGCACAGUAUUGUGCAAUGGCAAGAAAUAUCUAAUUUCACAAUAUUGUGAAAUAGCAAAUUUUUUUUUAAUUAAGAAUUAUCUUUCUUUGUCCAGUAUAGUAAGCAAGAAAUAUCUGCAAGAUUUUUUUUUAAUUGGAGUUAUCUUUCUUUGUCCAGAAUCAACUUAAAUCUUUGUUAUAUACAAUAUACAAUGUAUAUUCACUUUUUACUACCAACUGAUAAAUUUAAAUAAUCUUUACCAUUCAGUGAUAACAAGCAGUUUUUUUACAUCUUAAUAUUUUAUGAUGUAUUUAAAUGAGUAGUAAUUGUUGCAAACUCCAUUAGAAUAUUUUAAUUGAAAUUAGUUUUGGAAUAAGGGAAAGGGGGAUGUGAUUAAAAAAUUGGGUUCAAUUUUUCUCAUUUGAAAUUUCAUAAAUAAAAAGAAAAUUUCUUCAAACAUUUUUUUGAGAGGAUUAAUAUUCAACAGCAUAGUGAAUUGCUCUAAGAGAAAACAAAAAUUUUAAGUUCAUUUGAAUACAUUCAUUCUGUGUCAGAAACCUAUGCUGUGUCAACUAUUUAAUCACAAUCCAAAUUUAGAGCGGAAUCCAGCUUGAAUGUUGUGUCCAUACUUGCCCCAACCGUUCAAGGUUCAACCUCUGCGGUCGUUUAAAGCUACGCCCUGCGGAGCAUCUGGUUAAAUCAUAGAUAAGAAAAUUAUGGGUCACCAUGAUAGAUUUUAAAUUUUAUUUUUGAAUUCAUUUCAUGGAGAGAGAAAAUAUUUCAGCAAAAAAAUUAUUAAAAUUUUAAAUUCAGUCUGCAGUAUAUCCAAUCAAAAUAUUUUUACCUGAACAACCCAUCUAAUCAGUAGAAAAGCACAUGUGAAGAAUUAGUGAUGGUGUGUAUCGGUGUUGUUAAAUUGUUUUUGAUUUAUUAGAUCCACCUUACCUGUAUGCAUAUUAUAAUGUAAACUAUUUAUUACUUUAUUUUAUUUAUAUGACUUAUACACUGUUAAAUUUUGUUUUUAUUGUUAAACACAUAAACUAAUAUACACAUAGUUAUUUUAGGUAGAUGUGUCUUAGAGAGAAUGGCGAUAUAGUUAAUUUUUAUAGUUAAACACAUAGUUUUUAUAUGUAGAUGCAUCUUAUAGAGAAUGCCAAUAAUCCAGAAUACAGGUCAAAUGAUCAAUGCUUCAAAUUAAAAUGGUUUUGAUAAGAUUUUCAAAGAUUCAGUGUUAUGUCAAGAGUUUUCAGAAGAGAUUUGGUUUAAAAAUGCAUCUAUGAGCAUAUACUACCUUCUAAAAAAUAGGUUGCUCUAACCUAUACUUAAUGCAAGGAUGACCAAACUAAAUAGAUGGUUUUAUAGGUUAUUUUGUUGGUCAGUGUAAAGAUGCAUACAAGAGAGGAAAUCAGGUCACACUGACCUAUAUUACAUUUCAUUGAUUAAUAUGCAAAUGAAUAGAAAUUAUUGGCAGCUGUAAGCUUCAUUCCUCCCAAUAGGAGGCUAAUAUAGUAUCAUCUAUGAUUCAAUGAGAACCAAUUUUAACAUCCACAGGUUUUGUUGUCAAGCACUUAGUGAUUUACUUUUCUUAAUUUGACAUUGAAAUUAUAUUAUGGGAGCUACCAUUUGAUUUUUAUGGGGGCUAGGAUAAAAUUUGAAAAAAAGCAGGACAGGAGUUUUGUGUAAAAUAAAGGCAUGAUAAGACACUUUGCCAAAAAAAGACAGGAUGACAAUUUCUGUUAAAAAAGUUGGGAUUAACUAAUAAAAAUUAUAAAAAGGUAGGACAGAAAUUUAAAAUUAAUAAAAAAUAUAGGACAAACUAUCUCAUCCUGUCCCUCAUAAAAAUCAAAUGGAAGCUCCCUUAACUCUAGUUGUGUGUUUUGAUUAUUAUAUAAAACUAAUCAAGUCAAUACUAAUUCUAGCUAUGUGUGCACUAUAUGCACUUUUGUGUAAAAUGAUUCUGAAUUUGAAAUAGAAUUCUCUA